AUGUCACCAACAGAUUUAGAGACACAACAGCAAGAGCUUGAAGAAAAGGAAGAUGUUCUUGCUGACAUUUUUGCUGAGUAUCUGGAGCGGUAUGAAACAGAUGCGGAAGCAACAAGUAUAGAUAUUCGAUAUUUGCCAGAGAUUUUCAAAGACAUGGGGCUAUAUGAAUAUUAUUAUUCAGCAGGACUUUCAGGAGUAGCUAGGAAAGAGAGACAACGAGCGUUACGAGAAAUUGUGAGUUUACUUGAUCGUGAGGAUCAGGGUCGUAUUGACUUUAUGGCAUUUUGUGAGGUGAUGCCUAUGGUUCUUGAGCAAGCUCAUAGUGUUGGUAGUAACGGUAAUGGUAAUGGUGAUAAUGGAAAUGGAUCUAAUUUACGGGAUACUACAGGACAAUUUAUUUCAGGGAAAAAACGCAAGAGAGAUUAUUUACAAAAAGAUGAGAUUGAAGAAAGUUUUUAUUUAUUUACAAAUGGAGAAGAUCGGGCAAUUGAAUUGAAGGACUUGAGGAGAGUUGCAGAAGAGAUUGGAGAUGGGAAUGUGACUGAUGAUGAUCUUAGAGACAUGUUGAGAUUACAUGCAGUAGAUGAAGGAGGAGGAGGAGGAGGAGGAGGAGGAGAAGAAGAAGAAGAAGAAGAAGGAGAAGGGGGAAAUGGUGGUGUUGGUAAUGGAAGGAAUGGAAGGAAUGACCAAAAGUUACAAGUGAGCAAGGAGGAUUUCCUUAAAAUCAUGCAAGAGUGUGACAUGUAG